UAUAAAAAUAAAAUUUUUGACAUUUCAGCUGAAUCUCGAAUAGAAGUUGAUGAAAAUGGCGAUGAAUAUGAAGUGAAGAAAUUCUACAUUCAAGGACGACAAUUAAAUGGUGGUCGUAAUCAAUGCGUCGUUACAAGGCGCAAAAGAGCAACUGUAGCUGUUAUACCUGUCGCACCCAUAGAAGAUGUGCAGGAAGAACAUGAUGAAGUUGACACAGGUGAAGAGGAAGAAAACUCUCAAGUGACUGUGGUUCAGCCGCAUGCCAUGCUAUUUUAUUCGCCUCCAGUCGAUGAGGACGAGUCGGAGGACGACAGCGUUGGAGACGACAUAGGCAAUAACGAUGACGAAGAAGUAGACGACGAAGAAAAUGAUGAGGAUGCUGAAAGUGAGACCAAUGAGCCGGUGACUCAGGUCAUUGUCGAUGCUAAUGCCAUAAGAUCCGUCAUACUGGGCAAUGGAGCUGUGCAAAACGAAAGUAUCGAUGAAGUUGCCGACGAAGAAGAUGAUGAUGAUGAGGAGGAAGAUGAUGGAGAAACCGAUACCAUCGAAUUGGUACAUGUUCCGCAAGUUCCAGUCAUAGGCUCACUUCAUAGUGAAGGUCAGUCUUUGGCAGCCAUUGCUUCGGCCACAUCAGUGGCCGCUGUUGUCAACGAUACAGCGAGCGCCGUUAUAGUUGAAUCCGAUCAGCCACCAAAAGUUAAUCCCCAGACACAUGCUGUCUUCGAGUUGGUUCCAGUUAAUCCAAACGAGCAGAAGGCUCAUCAAGACCGCCACCAGUUGGAUGAUGAGAUAGAAGAGGAAGAGUUUCCAAAUGUUGACUCAAUUGCUGCCGGCCAAAUUGGUCAAGUAGCUAGUGCUGUCCAUGUUAUAAAUCUGGGCGAUUUCGAAGGAGACGAUGAUUACGACUACGAUGGGGAGGAUGGUGACUUCCACUACAAUGAAGAACUAAGUCCCGUUACGACUACAGCUAUUUGGUCAACAGGAUCUGAUGAUGACUUUGCAGACCUUUUGCCUGCCAAGAAACCUAAUCGCAAUAGGAACAAGAUAAAGAAUAAGAACAAGAAUAAAAAAUGGCAGAGGAAUAGAAACAAAGUCCAACCUGGCAACAGACGCCCAAUGAGACGCAACAAAUACCAAAACAAUAACAAGGUUUCUCAGGGGGGAGGCAACAGGAGACGACCAUUUAACCGAAGGGGGCCCAAUGGUGUUGGUGUACGACCUUUCAACAAACGCAAGAAUAAGAAUGGCAGGAGGAAGACCCAAAUGCAAGCAAAUAAGCAAAAGACGUCCAAUAAGAAAAAGAAGAACGGCAUUAGAAAGAAGGAAGGUUCUAUCACUUCCACUAAAAAGAAGACCAACACUAGCACCAAGACAAAAGGCACAAGCCCCAAUAGAAAAACUCCAAGUAGCAAGAAGAAGAAGAAGACAGACACCACAAAGAGACCCUCCAGCAACUCUUCCAAUAAGAAAAAGAACAAAAAGAAAACUAACAAAGCGAAGAAGAAGCCUAAUUCGAACCAAGAUCUGGUGGCAUCAAACAAAGAUAAGAUCAAGAAGAAGAAGAAGGGCAAGCCUACCCCAAUUUUCUACUCGCCAACAGCCACUUCCUAUACUCCCACCUCAUCCACAUACCCCUCAACCGAAUCGGAGGAAUUGGAUGAUUUGGAUAACAAAAAAGGCAGCACAAAUAAAAAUUCAAACAAAAAGAAGGAUACCAAAAAGAAAAAGAAAGAGGGAAAUGGAAACGGAAAUUCCCAGAGAGGUUUUGAUACAAAUAAGAAAAAGAAGAGGAAAGGUCAAAACGAAGUCGAUCAAGGAACCCAUACAUAUACGCGUACCAUAACUGAGACUGACACCGGUCCCGAAGAAGGUGAUGUCAACUGCAUUUACAUAAAUAAAGAUCCGUUGCCAACAACGACGACAACCACCACCACCACCACAACCUCUACAACGACGACGACUCCACGUCCCUUCUGGAACAUAUUAGGACGCAGUGUUCAAGCAGCACCCGUUGCUUCAGGACGUUAUGGCAAGCGUAAGCGGGUCAACAUUCGUUAUGUAGCAUAAGUUUUAGCCUAAGUGAUAUAUAUUCGGAUAUACGUUUGAACCUGGAAAGUU